GUUUCCUGUGGUGGAGCGGGCGGGGAAAGCUCGGCCACCCCCUCACCUGUGCGUCUGGCCCUGCAUAGCCGGUGGGAGGGGGAUGCGGCGAGACCCUGCGAGGGGCGGCAGCGGCGCGGGGUGGCCCGGGCCCGUGCGGUUGUUGCUGACAGCGAAAGGCUUCCUCUCAAAGCUGUUUAAAUGAGAAUGUCCCUGGCGCAAAGAGUACUACUGACAUGGCUUUUUACGUUACUUUUCCUGAUCAUGCUGGUGCUAAAGUUGGAUGAGAAAGCACCAUGGAACUGGUUCCUCAUUUUUAUUCCAGUCUGGAUAUUUGAUACUAUUCUUCUAGUUAUGUUAAUUGUAAAAAUGGCUGGACGGUGCAAGUCCGGCUUUGACCCUCGCAAUGGCUCCCAAAACAUCAAGAAAAAAGCCUGGUAUCUCAUUGCAAUGCUACUUAAAUUAGCCUUCUGCCUCGCCCUCUGUGCUAAACUGCAACAAUUUACUACGAUGAAGCUAGCCUAUGUGUUUAUCCCAUUGUGGGCCUUGCUUAUUGGGGGUAUGGUUGAACUCGGAUAUAAUAUCUUCUACGUACGAAGAGACUGAGCUACGCUAUGUGGUUUUUCAACACUGAGGUUGGUACCAAGUUCCUGGAUUCUUAUAGGUUUGCCACAAACUUGAUCUCCAAAUUAGAACACCAAAUAAGGAUCAAGCUGGAGACUUUAUCUAAACCAGGCUGAAGACUGAAAAAGUAAACUUGUUCCAUUUUUUUAUUUUAAAACUCACAUAUGCUCUUGUAAAUAAAAGUAUUUGUUCAACA